CUUAUGACCAGUUUGACAAAUGUAUUGGUCCAAGCCGGAGUUUUACUCUAGCAGUCUCACUCACAUACGAAGUCUAGUUCCGGUUCCUGUUACAUUGUAGUGCGUAGUCUCUACACGUUUACGUCGCCUGAAUAAGGAUGAAUCUGUCGCUCUGGCUCAACACAAUGUUUAAGCCUACUGUAUUACUAUUUAUCUUUUGUUUAUUAAGAAGCAUUACUGGAGCACCAGUGGAAGAAGAAGGCAACGAAAACUCUUCAUGUUCUGGAAAAAAGGACCCUGGGUAUGGCCCAUAUAUUUACAGUAAAUGGUACUACGAUGUAGGUGACAAGAUUUGUAAACCAUUUAACUACCUCGGUUCAGGCGGCAACGGAAACCGGUUCCCCUCCUACGAGAGUUGCAGUUUGCAGUGUAAUAGUUGCUGCUUUCAAAGCAUGCCAAUAAACCAGAACAAUAGUUGUGACGGCGGUGGAUUUGAAUGGGCCUACCAUCAGGGUAGGGGUGUGUGUCUGCCGUUCAAAAACAGCACUUGUGGUUCUGCUGACAACAGCAUUAAUCGGUUCCCAACAAAACGAGAGUGUGAACGAGAUUGUUUAUUUUACGGUGUUUCGGUGCCGCCAGUUCAGAACAUUUGCCCUCGUAUAAAUACCCACGAUUCUGUUUGCAAUAGUGAAUUCAUUGUUUCUGGUAGGGUAUCGUCUAUUUCUGUUGAAAUAUACUCCGAAUAUUUAGUAAAUCGUCUAGUGGUUGAAGUAUCAGAGACGUACAAGGGGCGUAACUUACUUCCGAUUUACAACGUUACCAAAGCCGACAAUAGUACCGCCGAGUUUCUCCAUAUUAAAAAGAUAUUAGUAGAGGGCAGAAAUUGUUAUAAUAUAGAAACAGCCGUAACUUAUGUUUUCAUGGGUUACACCCAGUACAACAAUAUGCUUAUUGACGACUCUAGCUACGUGCAAGUGGAAAGAACAUCAGUACUGAGUAAAAUUAACACAUUUUUGAAUAUGUGUCCGGCUUGACAAUAAGGUCAAAUACUCUUUGCAAAACCGGAAGUAUUUUUGUAUUAUCGUGUAUAUAUUUAGAUCGUCCUUGUUAAUAUAUUCUUAUAAGCCUACAGAUGUAAAAUAGGCUGGUGUUGAUAAUGACUAUAUCGAGAGUUACUUAAAUCAUCUUAAAUAUUAAGACAUUGCGCUUAGAAACUUGUAUUUCCAGGGAGAGCAGCGAUUGAACCUGGAAACUAGUAGACUUUGUGGUUUAAGGUUCAAGCGCACUUCAGUUGGUACUAAGAAUUUAGCCGACUGAUAAUACUGCUCUUCUUUGUCUCAGGAAUGUCUUAUCUGUUUUAGUCUUUUCCAUACCUCCGUUAUUCUUUCUCUUUCGUUAUCAUCACAGGGCUAGGCUAAUUGCUGUGAACGUAUGGUACGGUAGAUAAUGUACAGUAUUUUUCAACUGCUUUGUUUGUUUGUUUUUUUAUUUCUUCUGAAUUUAUUAUAAAGUAACUGUACAUUAUGAUGAAAUAUUUUGGGUUGCCGUGUUUGUCUAAAUAUACAGGAAUAAGAUGACGUAGACAGCAAUUUACAGACUAACAAAUAUCAUAUUUAAAACAUAACUGAUAAUCACAAGUAUUCGUUUAAGCAGUAAACUUCUUUGUGUGACAGUCACCUGCUAAAAAGUCAAGCUGCUUUGUUAGGGCCUAUAAUUAUUAAGGUAAUGUAGUUAGUCUGUUAAGGACAAUUUACCUCAUCCUUGUAACUGUAUAUACUGUAUUUAUGGCUCAUGUUCAUUCCUCCUAUAUUUCCUUCUUCGCUAACUUCAUGCAACAUAUUGUAAAAUUUGUUUAUGUUCCUGAAAAAAUGACACUGAUUAUUCCGAUCUUAUUCGUUUGUAUUUAGGCCACAAAGUUCGUCAUAAAUAUUUGCAAUAGUGCAGCUGUUAAUAGGUUUCAUGAUAAUAAUUUGUAGUUAAGGAAACCUAUGGUCCUUUUUAAAAAUCCUACAAAAACCCUAAAAUUAGUUUUCUUCGGCGCCAGGUUUUCUCCCUAUGCUUCAUAAUGGGUCCACAGACCUUUAUCUACAUCCUGCAACACAAUAAUGGGCUUAUAAAAGAUGAACUAUGUAGUUAUAAACACAACUAAUGGCGUACAUAAACCUUCACUUUCUUGGAACCUAAGUGAAAAGUCAUACACACUGUAUUCAAUCAUAACAAAAGGCCAUAUUUAUGGCACUACAUGUAUAUAUGAAACACACAUACAUGUCCUACAAUUAUAUGUAAAUACAGUAUAUUUAAAAAUAACACUAAUGAAUAAGUUGUGGAUAAUCCAUAUUAUUUACAAUGGUAUUAUAUAAGAUAAGUACCGGUAUAUAAUAAAUAUUAAACAUUUAUCUUGAACAAAUACAUUUAGAUUAAAUGAUAAUAAAUGUUACUAUUUUAUAAAAUCAUGACAUACAGUCCAGCUUUAGUUACGCCAAUUGUAUUAUAUUGUAUUCAACUAAAAGUGUUAUAAUGAUUUAGAAUAUUAAUCAUAAAUGCUAUGAACCCAUAUAACAAUGUGCCCUCUAUUAAAGCUUAUGUGAACAGGCCUUAUAACUCCAUGGUUUAGCUUAUUUAGUAAAAUAUUUGUACAUGUAUCUAUGUAAAUUACAUAUUUUAAUAAUUUUUGUUUUUA